UACACAUGAAUUUAUCCUAAACCUGAUUGGCUUGUAAUGCCCUAUAGCCUAAUUAUUUCUUUUUUUUUUCCUGCAUAUUUUCUCAUCUGUUUUGUCAUAGGGGAUGUCAUACUGCAGCACUUCGACAGUUUCCUAUCCUUGGAGAGCCGGAGUGAGGACUUCCUCUCCUUUCCUCCCAUGAAGAAGAGGCUGGACAUCUUCCUGAGGAGUGGCAUGGAACCUUAUCCAGAGCUGUGGGACUUCUCCAAGAAGCUGCUCAUCCUAUCCCACUGCCAAGCUACAGUUGAACGUGGAUUCUCUAUCAACAAAGAGGUGGAGUCAGACAAUAUUCAAGAGGACACUGUGGUCACACAGAGACUGGUGUGUGAUUAUAUCACACAACACGGAGGUGUUACCCAGGUUCCACUCAGUAAAGCGCUACUCGAGAGUGUAGCAAGAGCUAGGACCAGAUAUCGUGCCCAUCUUGAGACAGAGAGAAAGAAAAGGGAGGCAAAAUCCCAGGCUCUUAAGAGGAAAGAGGCAGAGGACUGUCUUCAGGAGCUAAAGGUGAAGAGGAGACGCAUACAAGAGGUGUGUGAGGGUCUGGCUAAGGAUGCGGACAGGCUGGCUGAGGAGGCUGAAAGGAAGGCAGGAAGCAAGAUGGCUGACCUGAUCUCCAGGUUCAACCUCCUGCGGAGAGGCCAUAAGGAGAAGUUGACGGAACUGGCUGUCCGUGAUAAAGAAAUUGCUGCCCUGAGUGAAGAGCUAAGGAGUUGACUGUGUUUCUUAAUUUAAUUUAUUGUUGAGUUCUGAUUUUCGAUGUUUAUUGUUCAGGGGUCUCUCAGUUCCCCAUAUUCCCAGCAUGGAAUAAGUAGCUAGCUAAUGUUAAAAAACAACUUAACAUUGUUCGGCAAACUUUCUUGUGGCUUACUGAAAUGUUUUUAUUUUUCACACCUGCUUGGCUUAUCUUUUACCCAUUCCACAUUUGAAAAAUAAAUGAACACAAGUUCAAGGAUUUUGUUUUUCUUUGCUGGUAGGGACGUGAAAUAGGUACUAAUUUUUUAUAUAAGUGGUCUUAAAAAGGUCUUAAAAAGACUUGAAUUUAAC